AUGGACCUGGCCGAACGCGUGGAGCAGCUCGAGGUAGCGCAGCAGCAGCAUGAUGCGCGCUUAAAUAAGCUACAGACUAUUGUUGAGGCAGCUAAUUCUGUGCGCGAGACGUAUUACCUGACAACAGCCAUCCACUACACGAAUGGUCAGCCGCACAUGGGUCAUGCUUACGAGAAUAUAUGCUCAGAUGUUAUCUGCCGCUAUCAUCGAGUGUUUGGUCGUGAUGUUUACUUUCUGACGGGAACAGAUGAGCACGGGCAAAAAAUUGCGCAGACAGCUGAGGCUGCCGGUGUCACCCCCCAGCAGCUUGUAGACAAGUACGCAGCCAUCUUCCAGCAGUUAACCAAGGAUCUCAAUAUGAGCAACGACAACUUCAUUCGCACAACGAGUGACAAGCAUAUAAAAUUUGCGCAAUGGCUAUUUCAAUGCGCGCUCGACCGAGGAGACGUGUAUCUCGGAACCUAUGAAGGUUGGUACAACGUGCGCGAAGAAAUGUUUGUGACCGAAACGGAGGCCCAGCUGACAGAUUACAAGGACCCUACGACCGGCUUGCCAUUUAAGAAAAUGCAAGAACAAUCAUAUUUUUUUAAAAUGUCCAAGUACCAAGAACGCUUGAUUGAGCACAUCAAGAAAAAUCCUGAGUUCUUGCAGCCAGAGGUGCGUCGCCAAGAGUUACUUCGUCGCUUGGAGGAACCACUACAGGACCUCUCGGCAUCGCGGAACACGUUUACGCAUGGCAUUCCAAUACUUAACGACCCCCAGCACGUACUGUACGUAUGGUUCGACGCACUGUCCAAUUACUUGUCAGCCAUUGGCUAUCCGGACGGCCCAAGCGCUCGUUACUGGCCCGCUGACGUGCACAUCAUUGGCAAGGAUAUCACUUGGUUCCAUUGUGUGAUCUGGCCCUGUAUCUUAAUGAGUACGGGUAUUCCGUUGCCAAAGCGUGUAUUUGCUCACGGUUUUGUGAACGCAAAGGAUGGUUCCAAGAUGAGCAAGAGUAUUGGUAAUGUCGUUGACCCCAAUGAUAUGAUUCACAGAUAUGGCUUAGAAUCGUUCCGCUACUUUAUUGUACGCUCUGCGAAGUUUGGUCAAGACAUGCCAUUUUCUGAAGACGAUCUUAUUAAUAUCCAUAACUCGGAGCUUGCCGAUACCUUGGGCAACCUGGUGCAUCGUACUGUCAAUAUUUGUAAAAAGUAUUCGAAUGGCACUGUACCUGAUGCGGAGGCUGACAAGCCGUUUGACAUCUAUGCGCUCUUAAAGUAUUCAGAGGAUUCAUACAAAGACUUCUCAUUGCAGAACGCAUGCAUUGCGAUUGUUAAUGCCUUUAAAGAUACCAACAAAUAUUUGACGGACAAAGAACCAUGGCACAUGAAGGAGGAUGAGCCGCGCCUUGUCGUAGUGCGCACCUGUCUAGAAGCCAUCUACGUAUUGGCUCACUAUUUGAGCCCUAUCACUCCUCAAACCGCUGACAUCAUAUUCAAUAAGCUGAAUACGCCUUCAACGACGCUUACAGCACUGUCUCCGGACUUUGACAAUCUCGUGCCUGGCACCGAGGUAUCGAUUGGUAGCAUUCUUUUCAAUAAAAUAUUGACUGAAGAGGAGAAGCAGAAACAAGGCGAGAAAUCCGUCGCCAAGGUCCAGCUUGUUAAAGCUAAGCCGACGAAAGCCACUACGCCGCUAUUUCCCUCUCUGGAUAUCCGCGUUGGUGUAAUUUCUAAGGUGUGGAAGCAUCCGGAGUCGGAGAAGCUGUACUGUGAAGAAAUAGACAUUGGCAAGGACGAGCCUAAGCAAAUAGCAUCUGGUCUGCAACCAUUUUAUUCAUUAGAAGAGAUGCAGAACCGUAAGGUGCUAGUACUGCUGAAUCUAAAGCCGGCAAAGCUCGGUGGAUUCAAGUCGGACGGCAUGGUGUUGUGUGCAAGUGACGAAGCUCACGAGAACGUUCAGAUUGUAGAGCCUCCCGCCGACGCUAAGGUGGGAGAGCGGGUUACUAUUGCAUCACAGUGCGGUGAUCCUUUGUCAGCUGCGCAGUUGAAAAAACAGAAGGUGCUGGAAAAGGUCUUGCCUGACUUCGUAACUGACGAAAAUUGUGUGGCAACAUACAAGGGCGAGCAGGUCAUGACAUCUGCUGGUCCGUGCACGGUGAAGUCACUGAAGGGGGCUUUUGUGCGCUAG